AUGUAUUCAUAUGUGACCGUGAAUCACGACCAAUUGACUGCCAUGAAUGACAGGGCCUUUAGCUGGCGCGUACACACACUGCGUUCCGGAGAAAAAAAAAAUUUACAAUUUCAAUCCGAUAAAGGCCCGCGACGCAAGGAAAUGCGGGCCCGCGCGCGCGGUAUAAAAAUUGAAACGGCGAAGAAUCCCCCCGAAACGCCCGCGAUUUUCCGCGUUAUUUUUCGCGGUACUUGUUUUGCUCUCGCUCCGCCCGACACGCAAAUAAAUAAUAAUUUUAUAAAUUGUUUACCUAUCAUUAUAGUAUAAAAUGUAAAAUAUAGUUAAAUUUUUAUCACAUUGUGAAAUAAUAUAAAAAUUAUUAUUUUCUUUUAGGACGGAAGCCAGAACUCGGAAAUGUCCUUGAAGAUGGUUACGAACGCAGUUUGUUUUCCGAGUCAUGAAUUUUGCCAAGUACUAUUCCAGAAAAUUUCUUUUGUUUCCACGGCGCUAUUUAGUUCCUCAUUUAACAGAACUCCACAACCUCUCGAUGUGUCGGGCGUGCGGCCCUGUGUCCAGAUCAACAAAACCGUAGGUAUAACUAUAACGGCAUUAUGUUACUUGCUGCAAAUUUUCGUUUAUUCAAUUCGCAUUGUUUGGCGAGACGAUCAAUUUAUUGCGGCGUAAUGUCGGGGCUAUAGCAAACAAGUGCCUUUUUAAUUAUAAUUUUAGAGACUAAAUUCUCCAAUAAACCUUCUACUAAUCCUAAUAUCACGAUAACGUCCCAGUUUUUCAAAAAUGUCAUUCGUCUCCAUAGAAAUGUAUGGGCUUGGACUUCCGAAAUAAGUAGUACCCGGUUCAACUAUUUUCCAUUGCCCGUAUUGAUAACUGUGUCUGUGUGUAUGGAACUUUGUGUUACAAAGUGGGUCGAAAAUUUAAAAUGUUUACCAAGUGAAUAA